UUAUAAACACCAAUAAGGCAAUAAAUGUCUUAUAAUGUGCUUUGAGAAUCUAUGACUGGUCUGUUUGGUGAGGCUUGCAUUUGAAGUCUUUCUUUCACUUUUUUGUUGUUGUUGAGAGAGGUCACUCAAAUGAGGGUUUAUGCCAAUGGUUCCUUGCUUUAAUAUCAGAGUUCUAUUCUUGAAGCACUUUCCCAGAUGCUGGUUAGAUCGUUUCUUCAAGGGGCAUAGAUUUAUUCGGCAAUGGAGAAAGGUUUCGGCUUUAGAGAAUUCAUCACUGUUUUACUGGUUCUGUCAUCCUUUAUCAGUUAUUCAGACGAAAAAGAACACUUAUCCUCCAUCGAAAGCCAAACACUUCUGAGAAUUCGGGAGCUUCUAUACUCUCCAACUUCAUUAAGCAGUUGGAAUAACCAAACCAAUUUCUGCAACAUUGGACCAUCUCCAUCUCUUACCAUUGUCUGCUAUGAAGGAAGCAUAACUCAGUUACAUAUAAUCAACAAGGGCAUUACUUCCCGAUUGCCGGAAAACUUCUCCAUUGAUUCCUUUGUUGCUUGCCUUGUUAAGCUCUCUAAUUUGAAGGUCCUCAAAUUGGUUUCUCUGGGAUUAUGGGGCCCACUGCCGGGGAAUAUUUCAAAUUUAUCUGCUCUAGAGAUACUUGACUUGAGCUCUAAUUUCUUACGAGGAACCAUACCGCCAAGUAUCUCUUCCUUAACCCAUCUCAUAGCUCUUACACUAGACGGUAACAACUUUACUGGAAGAUUGUAUGAGGAUUUUGAUUUGCUUCCAGAUUUGGUAGUUUUGAGUGUAAAAAACAAUUCUCUCACAGGCACGCUGCCAAACACUCUAGGAGAUUUACGAAAUCUUCGGGUUCUCUCCUUGGCGAGGAACAAAUUUAUCGGAAAUGUGCCGGAUUUAAGCCGUCUGGAAAACCUUCAAGUUCUGGAUUUGGAAGAAAACUCGCUCGGACCCAGGUUUCCGAAAUUCGGAUCCAAAAUCACCACCCUCGUGCUUAGGAGGAACAAAUUUGCCUCUAACAUACCGGACGAAGUGCGAUCGUGUAACCAUCUUCAACACUUGGACGUUUCUUCCAAUGAACUCAUCGGGCCGUUUCCGCCGUCAUUGCUUUCUCUUCCGUCGAUCGGUUAUUUAAGCAUUGCGGAAAACAAACUGUCGGCAGUGCUUGAUGAAAAUCUUCCGUGCAAUUCUGCACUGAAUUUCGUGGAUCUGUCCGAUAAUCUGUUGACCGGGAUAUUGCCUAGUUGUCUUACGACCGGUUCGAAGAACAUGGUUGUGCUUUCAUCCGGAAACUGUUUACAAGGCGGAGAUAAAGAUCAACGUCCGGUCUCGUUCUGUAUGAACCAAGCUUUUGCGGCGGGGAUUAUACCUCGUCGUGACAGUAAAAGAAGAGGUUCCAAAGCGAUUCUGGCGUUGAUCAUAUGCGGGAGCAUUUUAGGAGGUCUGGUACUACUUGCUAUGGCGGUUUUGAUAGCCAGAAGGUAUUUUGGGAAGGACAAGAAAAAACCCGCCACUAGAUUCAUAGUGGAAAAUGCUUCGUCUGUUUACACAUCAAAACUGUUCUCUGACGCCCGGUAUAUGACUCGAGCGAUGAACUUAGGAUCGCCAAGUGUUCCAUCAUAUCGGACCUUUUCACUGGAAGAACUAGAAGUGGCAACGAACAACUUUGAUACAUCAAGUUUCAUAGGUGAAUCUUCCAACGGUCAGAUAUACAGAGGCCAACUGGGAGAUGGUUCAUAUGUUGCUAUUAAAUGCCUAAAACUGAGAAGAAGCAAUAGCAUCCAAAGCUUCAUGCAACGCAUCGAGUUAAUCUCAAAGCUCAGACACCAGCACCUGGCUAGUGCACUUGGCCACUGCUUUGAGUGUUACUUUGAUGAUUCCACUGUCAGUAGGAUAUUCCUUGUCUUCGAAUAUGUACCGAAUGGGUCCCUGAGAAGCUGGAUAUCUGAGAAGCAUGGAAGACCGGCACUAAAUUGGGGACAGCGAGUUUCAGCUGCUAUAGGAGUAGCUAAGGGUAUCCAGUUCUUGCAUACGGGAGUUGUUCCUGGUGUAUUUCCUAAUAAGUUGAAGAUAACAGAUGUUCUGUUGGACCAGGAGCUCGUUGCAAAAAUUAGCAGCUUUAACCUACCCAUUUUGGCUGAUGGACAGGUCAGCCUUCCAACUGUUCCAGGUGGUACCAAGGAGCACAGUAGUGCAAGUGCAACAUACAAUGAAAAGCUGGAUGUAUACGACUUCGGUGUAAUAUUACUAGAACUUAUUACGGGGAGGAGGAUAAAUAGCAAAAAGGAAGUGAAGAUCCUUAAAGAUAAGUUGCAAGCAAGUCCAACAGCUGAUGAUGCCUGGAGAAGAAAUAUGGUUGAUCCAAGAGUCGAGAGUUCAUGUUCUGAUGAAUCGGUACGAACAAUGGUGGAAAUCUGCUACAGAUGUUUGUUUGAGGAUCCCGCAGACAGGCCAUCGUUUGAGGACAUUUUGUGGAAUUUGCAGUUUGCUGCUCAAGUCCAAGACACAUGCCAUGCAAGCUCUCUUAGCAGCAGUGAUGUCUCUCCCAUCUCCCCCUUUCACCCUUCACGAUACCAUAUAUCCGUUCGGUAGCAAGCGGGCCCACUACUAGUUUGGUAAAACAAAUCACAGAAUUUUUUGUGUAAAAAAUCAUAAUGAAGAUUUUCUAUCGGGGUGCUGACUACAUCACUGGUUCAGGAAUGACAAUUUUUCAUAUGUAGGGCAUAACAUCUUAUGUGACACCAUUAGAUCACUUCAGGGGAUCACGUUAAUUUUCAGGAAACUUAAUGGUGCAAGAUUAGUCGCACAUAAAUAGCUUAGUAUUUGAGUGAAAUAUAUGAGAAAAUGUUUAUCUAUCAAUUCUUCCAGAGCCCAGAAUUGCAGAUUUUGAAUUAAGAAGUUGCCGG